AUGGAACACCGGGAGCCUGAAACUGGACCAGUAGCAGUGAUUAGCGGUGAAGAAGAUUCUGCCAGCCCCCUUCAUCAUGUGAACCAUGGUAUUAUCAGCCCCUGUACGCUGGAUGCCGGGCCAGACGCUGUGGUGAUUGGAAUGACCAGGAUCCCUGUCAUAGAGAACCCCCAGUACUUUAGACAUGGACACAACUGUAACAAACCCACAACCUAUGUUCAGCAUAUUAAACGGAGGGACAUUAUUUUGAAGAGGGAGCUCGGAGAAGGAGCCUUCGGCAAAGUCUUCCUAGCUGAAUGUUACAACCUAAGCCCCACCAAGGACAAGAUGCUGGUAGCUGUAAAGACACUGAAGGACCCCACUCUUGCAGCCAGGAAAGAUUUCCAGCGUGAAGCUGAGUUGCUGACAAACCUCCAGCACGAGCACAUAGUCAAGUUCUAUGGAGUGUGUGUGGACGGAGACCCUCUCAUCAUGGUCUUUGAGUACAUGAAGCAUGGAGAUCUCAAUAAGUUUCUCAGAGCUCAUGGGCCAGACGCCAUGAUCCUGGUGGAUGGACAGCCUCUGCAGACCAAUGGGGAGCUGGGUCUGUCCCAGAUGCUUCACAUAGCUAGUCAGAUUGCAGCUGGGAUGAUCUACUUGGCGUCUCAACACUUUGUGCACCGUGAUCUGGCAACCAGGAACUGCCUGGUGGGGAAUGGCCUUCUGGUGAAAAUAGGAGACUUUGGCAUGUCCAGAGACAUUUACAGCACAGAUUAUUACAGG